AUGUCAAACAGCGGUUCCCAAGUGUUGGACAAUUCAUUUCAUUACAAUUUUGAGCCCUUCUUCACAAUCCAACCCAAUGUUGAGACCAGAAGACAACAACUGAAGGCUUGGCGUCAAUUGAUUGUCGAUUAUUAUGAGUCCACGAAUGAGCACAUCCUGGAUGUGAACCAAGCCAUCAAUGAUCCGCUCUUUAAGAACAAUAAGAUUAGUCGACAAUUGUCUUUGGAUUCAAUUCGAGUCAUUCUCAAUGAUCUUCAUUCAAAUGGUGUCAUUGAAUGGAUGGAUAAAAAACAGGAUAAAUGUUAUGUCUAUUGGAAGAGACCGGAAGAAUGGGCUCAACUGAUCCACAAAUGGGUUGAAGACAAAGCUCUGAACAGUACUGUCUGUACUUUCUAUGAGAUAGUGUCGGGCGAUGACACCGUCGGCUAUCCCUUCCAUGGACUCAAUGAAGAGAUUUUGAUAAAAGCGUUAAAGUGUUUAGAAAGCGAUGGAAAGGCUGUUCUCAUGAACUUCGACAACAACUCUGGCCCGUUUGGACAGACGUUCAUAUCGGAUGACUUCUUCCUGUCGAUGGUGGGGGCGUCGGCUGCCGUUUGCAACACAUUGUGUCGUAUACUUGUGGGUCAUCUCAAAGAUCUGACCACUUAUAAAAUAUGUUGUCUACCAUUGAGUUGUUUGGCCACAAUUCUGGUGGUGAGUCUGCCGCUGACGCCUUAUACCCACCGUAUGGUGUAUGCCGUGUGUGUGGUGUCUGCGGUGGGAAUCGUGGGCUCGCAGUACGCGCUCAUGCCGUCCGCCAUCACCGAAGCAUUUGGUGAGCGCUUCGCCGCCAUUAUCAUAGGAUUAGUGUAUAUGUCGACUGUGAUAGCAGACAUCGCCGGAGCAUUUGCUUCUCAACAUUUGACUGAUACUCUUGGCUGGUCUGGUAUGAUAGGUAUGGUGGGUAUCUGUGCCUUUAUCGAUUUUUUAAUUACAUUCCUUUUGCCUAAUAAUCAACACUUGAAACUGAAGAAAAGACUCGUGAAUCGGGAUAUAAAAUCAAUGAAAACCAAAACUUGUGAUGAGAAGCCCUGUGCGAUAGGAGUUUAUACUUGCAAUACAAACACAACGGCCAAUACAAUGACCACUCGGAGGACAAGUAUUCCCAAACCCUCUCUAUUCAGAACUUGUGAUUAUAUAACAGAAGCC